GCAUCACUAACAACGUUUUGCAUCUAAAAACUUCAGAAAAAAACAAUUUGUAUUAUUUCUUUCCGAUUCACCAUUAAAUAGUGCGAUUUAGUUAUUAAAAUAAACGGCAAUCGCAACAAGGUUCAUUUAUUGCUUUAGAUACCGCUUUACUUUUUAGUCACAAGUAUUUUAAGUGCGGAAAAAAUAGAGAAAAAAUAUUUUUAAUUGUGAAGGAGAAUCUUUGAAGAAAGGAACAACAAAUUCCACAAAAUUCUUCAAAAAAUGAAUAAUGAACAUUACGAUGAAAUAGGGAGAACGGAAGACUUUUCCAUGAUAUCAACAAUGGAAGAUGACAUUCCUUGCUUUGCCGAAGAGGUGAUCCUUCAUACGGAAUCUGAUUUGCACGGACAUGAAGAGAUAACAGAAGGAGUAGCACUCAACAACAUAUAUGAAGUAGCUUUGGAAAAUGAGAUUUAUCUUGAGCAAGGACCCUCAAUAAAUAAGUAUGGAUCUCGAAAAUCGUCCUCAAAACAGCGAAUUGUCAAUCGAAACAGUCUCCCAUCAACAUCCUCAGCAAUUAUUCCACAACCAACGGAGAACAUCGAACUCGACAACAUUAACAUCAUAGAACCAGAAGCUAAAUCGCGCAGGUGGAAGCAAAGACAAGUACAAAUAAAAACUAUGGAAGGUGAAUUCAGCGUAACUAUGUGGGCUUCCUCAGAGACAGAUGACGAGGACGGUUCCAAUCCUGAAAUGGAUCCUGACUACACUGAAUAUAUGAAUAGCAAACGAAUUGUUCAAGAUUCACCUUUACCUAUGACUGGAGUAGACUUAUCAGAUCCUAAGCAACUCGCUGAGUUUGCAAAGCCUGUAAACAAGCAGCUCAAAGUUAAAAAGGAACAGAAUACAAGUGAUCACGAAAUCAGAAGUAUCGCUUGUCCCCACAAAGGUUGCAGCAAAAUGUUCCGUGACAAUUCAGCUAUGAGGAAACAUUUACACACACAUGGUCCGCGUGUUCAUGUGUGCGCUGAAUGCGGUAAAGCAUUUGUUGAGAGCUCUAAACUGAAGCGCCACCAGUUGGUUCACACUGGUGAAAAGCCUUUUCAGUGUACGUUCGAAGGGUGUGGAAAACGAUUCUCACUCGAUUUUAAUCUGCGCACUCACGUUCGUAUUCAUACUGGUGACCGGCCCUACGUUUGUCCGUUUGAUGGAUGUAACAAGAAAUUCGCCCAAUCAACAAAUCUUAAGUCUCACAUCCUCACUCAUGCUAAAGCCAAACGAAAAAAUUCCGGAAGUCGCAAUGCAGUACAGCAACAACCCGCACAGGCACAGUACAGCGAAGAGAUGGAAGGAAGUCCUCAAUUUAUAAUCUACACAGAAUAAAAAUCAGGCAAGAUCUGAGAUGCUUGUCGCCAUUAUCCAAACAAUUUUCACACACAUGUACAUCUUAAAGAAAAAAAACUUGAAAGAACUUGAAAUUUUUAUUAUUAAUAAUGUGUUUACUUUUUGAGACGACAGAAGGCGAAGAAUCAGAAACAGAAAUCAUCUUAGUGAUAAUAAUAAGAAAGAAAAAAUACUUUUCUAAGGACAUAAAUUUAACAGAUUCCCGACUUUGCUCGAAAUGGAUCUGAAAUAUUUUUUUCGUGUGGUCGAUUUACAUUUUUUUUGUUCUAAUUUCCUUCUCAAACGCGAUCUUCAACUUUUCUUCAAUAAUAUUUCAUUAUAAUUUUUUUAAUUCGAAUUAAUUUUAUUUCUUUUUUUUAUGAAAUCGCGCGUAAGGCAAUUAAAUCUAAUGAAGAAAAAAAAAUAAUAAUUAUAAGAUAUUUGAGGAUAUUUUUCCAACGUGUGAAGUUCAUUAAAGAAAUAUCGACCAACAGAAAGGCAAAGAAACAACUUGUGUUUGUGCUGCUUGAUCCAACGAUAACUUUUCAUUCUUUUCGCCACUAAUUGUUAAUUAAGAUGAUAAAGAUUCGAAGGAUGAAAGAGAAAAAAAUUCAUUGAAAUUAUCUUCAACAUUUAAAUUUUUUGUUCCAUCGAUAAGAUUUAAGGCGUUUAAGAAUUAAAAGCUAAAAUAAAAAGAAAACUAUUCGAUGACUCGGGAUGAAAAGCUAUAAUUUUCACAAUUUAAUGUGUAAAGAAUUUAAAUAACAUACAACACACAUCUAGAUUUAAGGAAAAAAAUUUCUAAGUGGAAAAAAAAAAUCAUUUUAAUUUGAGGAAAUAAAACUGUAGUUCAAAGUAUUAAAAAAUUAAAGAAAUGUGA